AUGUGUGAAGUAUUGAUCAGCACGAAACAGUGGACAUCCUUACGUCAUCUUUUCAAUCAAAUACCAAAAUUUUGGUUAACUUAUGAAGAAGAACACUUCUCAUCAUAUUAUCAUCGUUAUUAUUAUUAUUAUUAUGACCAGAAUAACACUGACAAUAACACUACUACUACUACUUAUAAUAAUUUCAGUAGUAUAAAACUCUCUGAAAAUAUUACACUGUCUCAAUUAUUCGAAUCGCGUGAAUCAAUUAUCAAAGCAUUGGCUAUGUUAUCUUAUGAAGAGAAAAAUUUCAGUCUGGUUUAUCAUCUAUUAGAAUCGAAUCAUUUCACAGUGGGGAAUCAGUCAAUACUUCAACAGUUAUGGUAUGAGACGCAUUAUGCUGAAGUCCAGCUGUCUCGAGAUAAACCGCUGACUGCUGUUGAUAAAUAUCGGAUACGUAGAAAAUAUCCCUUGCCACAGACAAUAUGGGAUGGUGAAGAGAUUGUUUAUUGUUUUAAACGAAAUGUACGUUGUCAGUUGAAAGAAUUUUACCGGAAAAAUCAAUAUCCUAAUUCAACUGAAAAGUAUGCGAUAGCUAUGCAGACUGGAUUGACAUUUACUCAGGUUUGUAAUUGGUUCAAAAAUCACAGGCAACGUGAUAAAUCCGUCGAAAUAACCGAUGCACAACAUCAGGCAGAUAGUACUACCUUUAUCAAUGCUGAAAAUACCAUUAAACCUUCCUGUCAAAAGUUGGAUAAAUCCACAAAUAACAAUAAUAAUAAAUCAAAUAAACAAAAUCAAAGUAGUAUGAAAGCAGAAUUACAAAUAGAAAUCAAGCAAAUAAACUAUGAUUGGCAGAGAAAUAUUCAAUCGUUCAAUGUCCAACAUCAAAUAUCUUCUAUGCGGUACAAUAGUCGUUUUGGCGGAAACUUAAAUUUUGCUGUAGAAAAUGAACAGAAUUUAGAGCAUGAUCAAUUAUCUAAUUUAUAUCCAAUAACUUCUUCAGUAAAACGAGAAUAUUCAUCGGGUCAAAAUUCAAAUCAGUUGUUUUAUGGUGAAUGGGAUUGGACAACUGAUUAUUUCAAUAUUCAUCAACAUAAUAAGAAUACUGACAACAAAAACUAUCCUUAUUACCAUUAUAAUUAUCAUAAUAAUCAAUAUGAGUAUCAUUAUAUGCAUGAUAAUAACAAUAAUGUGAGUAUAAACAGUGAUAGUGUCAACGCUAUCCCUAGCCGUAAUCAUCACGCCCAUGAGAUGUAUGCAGUAAGAGAGGCAUGCACAUCAGACGAAUUCAAUCAAUCAUACUUACAUUUAUCAAAUGAUAAUUUGAAAUCAAUACUACAUACUACUUAA